AUGAAUGUUCCAGUAAAGCCGAUCGACAGCUGGUCAAGAGGAAUUCGCCGUCGUCUUCUGGUGGAACCGACCUUCGAGCCAGUAAAGCCAAUCGACAGCUGGUCAAGAGGAAUUCGCCGUCGUCUUCUGGUGGAACCGACCUUCGAAUCCUCGCGUCAGCAUGAAUCUUCCAGUAAAACCAAUCGACAGCUGGUCAAGAGGAAUCCGCCGUCGUCUUCUGGUGGAACCGACCUUCGAAUCUCCUCAACAAACACUUUCACUCGAAGUGGAAGCGCAAAUAUAUCGAGUCAUCGAGUACUAACAAAUCGUAGGCAACAGCUCAUUCCUCAAGUAGGCAAGACGAUCAGCUCAGCUGCCUCAUCGCACAAUGUUGCAGGAACUAGUCUGCUUCGGGAGGGAAAUUGGAGAAUCAACCCAUUCAUCCGUCAACUCCACAAGGAGAUGAUUUGGACACGGGAAGCUUGUUUCCUGGCAUCACAGUUUCGUCGAUGA